AUGGCGAAACGACCCAGGAGCCCAUCUCCCAGGAAGGAUACUUCAGAUGACCUAGACCACGACUUCUGGGUAUCCGAACCAAUCGAGGAUCGCACAUCNUUUUUCAAGGCUUUCUUCUCUCCAACCAUGCCUUCGAAGAAGCUUCAGAAUCUGGACCAGAUCAAGGAUGCUUCACAUCGUAUCUUGGCAUGGCGAAGUCCUUCUUCGCAAAGAACGUUAGUCGGUAAUGUGCGCACUCUUGAGACCGGUACAGACGACGACGGAGAACGAUAUGGAGGCCGUCACGUGCUGAAAGUUAUUGAAGAGAUGCGUGUGGAAGGCGCUCUCGUUGUUGCACGAUGGUAUGGAGGCAUCAUGCUAGGUCCUGCGCGCUUCGCACAUAUUGAGAACUCUGCAAGAGACGCAAUCCGAGCUUGGCGGCAGAACGAGGACAGCGAAGGUCAGAAGCGCAGGCGAAUCGAAGAUGAAGACAUGGAGAAGGCGAGUUUGAUCGUCGAGUUGGCAGAUCGAGAUCAGAACAUUCUGGUAUUGAGACGACUUCUAGAGGAGAAGACGAAGCAAAUGCAGUCACAAACAGAACCGAAAGCCCCGUCAAGGCCCCCGAUACCGGCACCCGAUUACAGUACGAUGCCUCUUGAACGCCUGCGGCAGUUCGACAAAGCACGAGACAGUACUGUCGCGUUUCUUUUGAAGAAGAUCAACGAAGCAGAGAAGCAGAAUGGUCCAAAGAGCGCGAGCCCUAGUCCAAAGCCUUUCCAAAUCGUUCAGGCUAAGAGUGGGAAGGAGGGACUCGACAAUGCUGCUACAGAAAGUCUUGUUUCGAAGAACGAGCCUGUCAAUACUGAAGAAGAAAGCCCGAACAGUGCUAGCAAUGCCGAGAACGAUUCGACUUCCGAACCGAAGAAUGUCAAACUGCCAUCUCUCAACCCUUUUGAGGAGGAAUCAAGCGACGAUGACAACGACAGCUGA